AUGUCAUUGUUACCAGAAGUGCGGCGCGAGGUAGGCGGCGGCGGCAGCGGAAUCGGCGGGGCCGUUGCCACAAACGCAGCGAACUCAACAUCAGUCCGGGAUCUGGACAACGGCGCCGACGCCGGCUUCGCAUUUAAUUCUUCUGCUCCAGCGCCGCCGGUUGCUGCCACUCUUGGCGCUGGCGCUGCUGCUGCUGCUGCUGCUGCUGCUGCUGCUGCCACUACCACUAACACUUAUUCUAACAGUUGCACCGUCAGUGGAACUUCCAGCACGGGAGCUCCGGAUUCGAGUCUCAACCCAGUCGGUGUUGCUGCUCUUGGCGCGGCCGGUGAUAUCAGCGGCCCUCAACCUGGCGGCGGCGGGGGGAGUGGAGGACGGGGGGUUGUGACGUGUCGCGUGGACGAGUGCGGAGAGGAUCUGUCAAGUGCUCGCUCGUACAACCGGCGGCACCGGGUGUGUGGCGUGCACACACGCGCUGCUGUGGUCACAGUGGAGGGCAACCGACAACGGUUCUGCCAACAAUGCAGCAGAUUUCAGGACAUGGACGAUUUUGAGCCGGGCAGGCGCAGCUGCAGGCAGAGUCUCCAGUACCACAACAAGCGGCGGCGCAAGGGGGACCUCAAAACCCUCUGCACACCACAGCUGGGCACCGGCGGUUCAGCAGAGGAGGGCCGCGACAAGAGGGGCCCGGACUCAGGAAGAACGGCGAGCAUGGGAGGCGGUGGAGGGUGGAGAGGAGAGGAUCAGCGGCAUGGGGGCACAGGAUCAUCCAGUGAUAACUCCGGAGACCCACGGGCAGUCAACGCUUCCGCUCCACCAGCAGCAUCAGAACCGUCCACGGCUGAGCCCGCCGCUGCCGCCUCGCAUGCAGCAAGCCAGUCAGGCCGGGCGGAUGAUUCAGGUGCUUGCCCCACCACCACAGCAGCAGCACACGGUUCUUUCUGUGACCCAUGGAUGGGGAGACGUGCAGGUGCAGCGGCACAUGCCCGUCUCGGCGACAGCGGGCGCAGCGAGAAUGCUAGCAACAGCAAGAGCGGCGGCCAACUCAGGAGCAGCGGGGGACGGGGUAUCGUCAUCGUCUGGCCCACUGCUCUCGCUGCUCCCGCUGACACCAGUGAGGUGGCUGCAGCCUCUGCAGCUGCUGCGUCUGCUGCCGCUGCUCCUCUUUCGCCGUUUUCCCGGCCUCUUGCUUUUUGCAGCUCUGUCGGCAGCCCGCUUUCCGGCCAGUAUUCCAAUCAACAGCACUCAGCACGCCUCGCCGCGAACCCACAAGCCACCGCCGCCUUCCUCCCUGCCGCACUCCAAGCAGCACAGAACUCAACAGUGCCUGCAGAAACACUGUUCAGCCAUGGCCGCACAGUAACAAGUCCGGAUACGGCCCCUCAAUCCUUUGAUCCUGCUGCUCCUGUCACUGCCACCACGGCUGCUGCUGCUGCCGCCGCCGCUGCUGCUGCUUCUGCUGCUGCUGCUGAUGCUGCUGCUUCAGGAGCUGCUGGCAGCACUGCGGCUGCUGAAGCACCAUGCGCAAUGCCGCACAGCACCCCUCCGUUCACUCCCCAGCCCUUUUCCAUUCCGCUGCUGCAGCCACAGGCGCAGUGGCAUGUGAAUGGGCGUCAACCAAGGCAGACAGUCGAAGAGCGUGAGGUGGAUCUCGGGUUUGGGAAGCUUGGCUUUGGAGACGCGCGAGCCGAGGUGACUUUUGAGUUGACUCAGAAGCUUGGCUUUGGGGACGCGCGAGCCGAGGGAGGAAUGGGCGGUGGGAGAUGGGGAAUCGGGAGAGAGGGCGAGGGAUUGGAGGGGCAUGGGGAGGGAAUGGAUGUUGGUGGAUGGAGAGCAUCAGAGGCUCAUGAGUCUCACGCUGUUGGAUGUGACAUGAGUGCACUCACUGCUGCUGCUGAUGCUGGUGCUGGUGGUAACGGUGGUGCUGGUGGGCAUGGUGGGAAUGGUGGGGCUGGCACAGCAGCAGCAGCAGCAGCAGCAGGUGGGAUGCAAGGAGGGAUAGGAGUAGGACAGAACGUCAGAGGCUGGGAGGGAGGAAGCCACGGGCAGGGUGGAGCAGAGGAAGGCGAGGGGGGGUUGACAGGGGAGCUGAGGGAGCUCGAUUCCUUGGACUUUGCUCCGUGGCCUGGCGGUUAUGGCGGCUUUGGUGGGGCUGAUCUUGGCGACAGCUAG